GAAACGUCCGCUGGUGGCGGUCGUUAUAAAUAUUCACUGUUUAAAAAUUACGAUUUUUAUUUAUUUUCUUGCGAAUAAAAACAUUCAAUCGUGUGCUAUAGUUUUUACAGUGGUUAUUUGUUAAUUUUAGUGGACUUUGUGUUUUGCAAGGCUUUGUUUCUUAUAUUGCGGGAUCGAUUCGAACAGGUGAUGCCGUCGUAUACACCCCGGAUGGAUCGAUAUCGGUGACUUUGUGUUUCGUAUGUUUACUUGGUUUCACCAAGGGUUAGUGGAAGAUGGAGAAAUCAGCACGGCCACGGACGGCUUUAAACGAGUGCGUAAAGGUAGUGGUUCGAUGCCGGCCGCUCUCAGAAAGGGAGAAAAAAGAGAGCUAUGAUGAGGUGUCGAAGAGUCGAGCUGAGCUGAAAUGGUACGAGCGGCUGUCCACAAAGUCAAUUGUGGACAGUAAAAAGUUUGACGGCCCUUUACAGGUGGUGAAGGUGUGGCCGGAGCGCGGCACGGUACAGGUGUACAACCCCAAGGGUGAAGACAAGCUGUUCACAUACGAUGCCGCCUACGACUGCUCCGCCGACACGCAGACGCUCUACGACGAGAUGGUACGACCUCUCGUCGCGUCCGUACUGGACGGGUUCAACGGCUGCGUGUUUGCAUACGGCCAGACAGGCACCGGUAAGACGCACACGAUGGAGGGCACCGCCGACGACGAGGGUGUGAUCCCGCGCGCCUUCCGCCACAUCUGGUCGCAUAUCGAGAACAACGCCUCCCCCGACGUCACGCACCUGGUCGCCUGCUCCUACGUCGAGCUCUACCUCGAGGACGUCAGGGAUUUACUCUCUAAGGACAACAAGAAGCUCACCAUUAGGGGACAGGAACUAAACGGGUUCUACAUCCCCGAGAUGACAUCAGUGGUGUGCAAGUCGGCUGCCGAGAUGGUGCGCGUGAUGAAGGCGGGCAACCGCAACCGUGCCGCCGGCCGCACCGACAUGAACGAGCACUCGUCGCGGAGCCACGCCGUCUUCCUCGUCACCGUCGAGACCGCGCACCGCAAGACCAACCGCAUACGCGUGGGCAAACUGAACUUGGUGGACCUGGCGGGCAGCGAACGGCAGCGCAAGACGGGCGCCUCCGCGGACCGGCUGCGGGAGGCGUCGCGCAUCAACCAGGCGCUCUCCUCGCUCGGGAACGUCAUCUCCGCCCUCGCGGAGAACAGUCCCCAUGUUCCGUACAGGGACUCGAAGCUGACUCGCAUCCUGCAGGACUCACUGGGCGGCAACAGCAAGACCAUCAUGAUCGCCAACAUCGGCCCCGCCUCCUACAACUACGACGAGACCAUCACCACGCUCAGAUACGCACAUCGAGCCAAAGCGAUAAAGAACAAGCCGGUGCGCAACGAGGACCCGAAGGACGCGAAGCUGCGCGAGUACCAGGCGGAGAUCGAGCGCCUGCGCGCGCUCAUCGAGCAGCGGCGCGCCGCCGACGGCCGCCGCCGCGCGCCGCGACCGCCGCGCGCCCAGCGCCCCGCGCCGCCGCCGCCGCCGCCGCCGCACGCGGAAGAAGAAACAGUAAGCAUCGAAAACGAACAUAUAAUUGCCGAGUCUACAAUAGAACAAGAGAAAUGCAAGACGGAGGAGUUGGAGCUUCAAAUCAAGUCGCUAGAAGAGCGGCUGGUACAGGGUGGCGGGGGCAAGGACCUCAUCAACAACCUGAAUGAGAGCCAGAUCAUUCUAGAACAGAGGAACAUGGAGAUAGCGGAGAGGAAGAAGCGGGAAGUGGAGAUGCAGCAGAAGAUAGAUCUCGAGGAGGAGACCACAGCGAUUGUGACGAAUACGUUCGCCACCUUACAGCAGGAGGUCGAUCACAAAACACAAAGGUUAAAAAAGUGCCUGUCGAAGUACGCGAGCCUGCGCGAGGAGAUGGUGGAGCAGCGCGAGGCGCACGACAGCGAGCGGCGCGAGCACGAGGCGCUGCAGGCGGCGCUGAUCGCCGAGCUGCGGCGCCGCCUGCUGCUGGCCGACAGCUUCGUGCCCGAGGCGGGCCGCGCCACCGUGCUGCGCCUGCGCUACGACGACGACAGCGACGCGUGGGAGGCGGCCGCGCCGCGCGCCGCGCCGCCGGCCGCCGCGCCGCCGCGCCUGCGGCCGCCGCGCCGCGCGCCGCUGCGCCUGCAGCCGCUGCCGCUGCCGCCCACCACGCGGCCCUACCGCCCGCGCGCCGCGCCGCAGGUGCCGGAAACGCCGGUGAAGAAGGAAGCCGACAUGGAGCCGGCGCCGCGCAAGGCGACCGCGCGGCCGCGCGCGCCCACCGCGCACCAGCGGCUCGGCACCGCCGGCGUGCGGUAGGCCGGCGCCGCGCCGCCGCCGCCGGCGUCGCGCCGCCGCCGCCGCUGCGUUGAUCUCACGCGUGCUAUUGUCCAGUACUCGCAGGACGAUGGCGCUCCUAGUAUAUUGUGUUAAGUUGUCGUGGCCGACCUCGCGGCGAGGUCGCGGCCCGAGUCCGUGUUCCCGGGGAGGCCGCGGCGCGCGUCGAGCCGCUAUAUUUUUUACGAGACCCGCUCGGCGCGUCGCCGCAGCUCGUACAUAGGUUAUUUUGAGCGUUUUGUUUUAUUUAUCGUUGUUGUUUUUUAUUUGUUUGUAUAUUUAUUUUAUUUUGUACUCCGUCGGAGCAUGUGAUACUAGGUAGAUUGUUAUAUUCCAUAUUUAAAAAUUCAUGUGAAUGUGAAAUUGUAAAAUAUUCUCAGUGGAUUUGUAAUAUUUAUGAGCCGCCAGGUGAUCGCGUACCCGUUAGCUUAUUGUCCGAGUGCGUUACCAAAGAUUCAGUCCAUUCCACGAGUGCGAUCCCCCGACCUGAUCUACUAUGAUCGAGUUGCUUUACUCGUAAAUUUUGUUUGUGAUUUUGUUGUACCUAUAUUAAUAUUUUAUUUCGAGACACGAUUUCUAGUCAACGGUUCUUGUAUACAAAUAUUGUAAAUAUUAUAUUGUAGGUAUUUAAAAAGUAUAUAGACGUAGUAUAGGUAGGUUGCUAACGUUCGCACAAUACUUUUUGAAUACUGGUAAAUAAAUCGAUCGUCUAACAUUGUGGUAGCGAUAAACCAAAUAUAAAUAUUAUUUUAUUAUGCAAAAUCAUGUGAAAUGAAAUGUCCUAUUUAAGUUAAAGUAUUUGCUUCGCAAAUUAUUUAUGUACGUGCGUGAUAUAUUAGAUAAUUAUGUUCUUAUAAAUUGUAGUGAAAAUAUAAUUUGAUCGGCUUUCGUUUGUAUAUUCGGAACGAUAGGAGGGAAUCAUGUGAUACGUCAGUGGAGACCGCUAGUCAGCCGUGCCGCAUACACGCUUAUACUCACAAAUAAAAUAUUGAAUUUUU